AACAUCAGCAACAAUAGAACAACUAAAAGAAAGUGUAUCAAAGUUGAAAUUGCCUAAAGAACACACCCCAAGAAUAUAAACAUGGCUGACAAAAUAAUGAAAUUCUUUCAAAAAAAGAAGGCAGAUGCUAAAUUCAAAUUAGCGGGUCCGGGGCACAAGCUUACAGAAUCUACCAGCCAGAGUUCUUCUGAAUCAUCAAGAAAGGAGGUGCCAGUUGUAAAACGGUCAGGGCUGUCCCAAGAGAGUAAAGUUGCAGCUGAAGCGGCUUUAGCUAGGUUGCAACAGAAAAGAGACAACCCUGCAUUUAAUACUUCACUUGCAGCUAUUAAGGCGCAAGUAAGAAAGGAAUUAGAAAAUGAAAAGUCCACUGAGACUGAAAGUACACAUUCCAUUCCGCAACGAAAGAAGUCCAUGGAACAGGAAGUUGAUGUGCCUAAGAAUUAUGCUACUUCUGGUGUUUUCUUUAAAUGUCCACUAAUAAGUAAUGAAAUCUUACCUCGAGAAGAAUGGAAGAGGAACAUAAAGAGUUUUCUGUAUGAACAGUUAGAGGAAGAGAGAGGUCUAGCCGCCUGUCUCAUCAUACAGUCCUGUAAUAACAAUAGAGAAAAGAUUGACACUUGUGUAGAAACACUUUGCAAAUAUUUGGAGAACAUUGUUACUUACCCGGAACAGGAGAAAUAUCAGAAAAUACGAAUGUCCAACAGAGCAUUUUGUGAGCGUGUACAGCCAAUAGAGGGAGCGUUAGAACUGUUGUUAGCGGCUGGCUUCAGAGAGGAGACUUUACUCAAUCCGGAAGGAAAUGAGGAACAAUACAUGGUGUUCAAACAGGAAAAUGUACCUUCCAUUGAAAGUUUAACGACGUUGAUAGAAGCGCUGCGCAGCGCGGAGCCCGUGCGGCUGCAGCUGGAGCGCGGCGCGCGCGUGCUGCUGCCCUCGCAGGCCGCGCCGCGCCCCGCGCUGCCCCCCGACUUCUACACCCUCUCCGCUGACGAACUCAGGAGGGAGCAGCAGCUGCGGUAACUAUACACCAAAGUAAACACUAGCUUUCGUAUAGCGGCCGGCAAACAUCUUGAACAAUACAUUUGGUAGCGCAGAAUUGAGUUUUGUAUUGUUAAGGUGCGCUUCCCCGACGGCAUCCUGCUGCAGGGAACAUUCUCAGUGUAUGAACGUUACAAUGAUAUACACGAGUUCGUACAAGAACAUUUGGAGCUCGGAGAUCUGCCCUUCAUCCUCAGCACCCCCACCGGACACAAGUUGACGCCUGAAGAUGGCGCCAGCACCCUCGUGGACCUGCGGCUGGUGCCAGCCACCGUUCUCACCUUCUCCUGGGACCCCUCCAUCAUCGAAGAGAUCAGCAACAGUCCUAAUAAAGACGUGUACUUGAAGCCUGAAGUUAUGAUACUUGUUAACGAGAUUUAAUAUUUUUUAUUGGACAAGUUUUAACUGAACAGUAGAAAUCGUAUUAAAAACUUUCAAGAAAUAUAUAGA